AUGUCUCAGGCGCGAGUGCUCCCAUCUUCCCGGCACUUGAGCAAAUGGUAUGUCACGAAACUCCUCGAUAUAAUCCGAGAUGACCGAUCGCUUGCCGACAACAGCUUGGAUGUUUCUCAGAAAAAGAGGACGCCAUUCCAAUUGUUCUUCUUCACGGCUGGCCAGGUAGCUUUCUCGAAUUCUUACCAAUGCUUGAUCUCGUUAGGAAUAAAUAUGAGCCAGCAGAAGUGCCCUUUCAUCUUAUUGCACCAUCUCUGCCAGGCUAUACUCUUAGUUCAGGGCCACUCUCAGGACCAAGCAUGGGUGGGUGAAGAUCCAGCACGGAUAAUCAACAAUGCCCUCAAAAUGCUCGGCUUUGAUCAGUAUGUUGUACAGGGAGGAGAUGUGGGAUGCCUCAUCGCUUCCCUUCUAGGUACGACAUAUGAUUCCGUUAUUGGAGCCCAUCUCAAUUUGCUACCUAGUCUGGAUCAAGUUGAAGUCAAUGAUCCGAAUCUUACGGAAAUGGAGAGAAAGGCAGUUCAGCGAAGCAAGGAGCGCUUUCAAACGCCGACAGUGGGAGCUGCUAUUAUGAAUAGCACCUAA